AUUUACAUAAUCCAAUUCUUUUAAACAAAGCCUUAAAACCCUUAUAACCCCUUCUUCCUUCUUCUUUCCAUGGCGCUCUGUUCAAGUGUAUUCCGAAAAAGCUAACCAAAUCAAUAAAAUGUUUCGUUAUGCUUAUUACAGUCCUCAAAUCCAUCUUUACAAGCUCUCAUCCUCUUCCUCAAAAGUCGGUUUUAUGGGUUCUAAAUUAUUCCUUAAACCCACAACAACAACACUACCUCCACUUUCUCCUUUUUCUUAUUCUUCUUCAGGUAGGCUUCAAUACCACACAUGUAGACGCCUUCUGCCAGUAUUUUGUUCAAAACCCAUCUCUAAAAACCGCCCUUAUCUCCCUAAAACUAAUGGCUUUGCUACUCUUCCAGCUCCAGUUUCUAGUGAAGACUCGGAGAAGCCGCAUUUGGAGAAAUUAAGAGGAAAAUUGGAAGUGCUUGGUAUUCAAAUGGAGAAUUUGGUUCCCGGACAAUAUAGUAGUUUACUGUGUCCUAUGUGCAACGGUGGGCAAUCAGGGGAGAGAUCAUUAUCUCUUUUUAUCAGCCCAGAUGGGGCUAAUGCAACCUGGAAUUGCUUUCGAGGUAAGUGUGGGUGGAAUGGUGGAACGAAGUCCUAUGCAGGAAGACACUCUACAUAUGAAAGCUCAGUCCAACCUAAAAAAGUUAAGCUGACAAGAAAAAUCACUGUGGAGGGUCUUGGAUUGCAACCACUAUGCACCGAGAUUCUUGGUUUUUUCGCGGAGCGGUUAAUAUCAGCAGAGACGUUGCAUAGAAAUCGUGUCAUGCAAAGAAGUUAUGGUAAUCAGAUUGUUAUAGCAUUUACAUAUUGGCGAAAUGGAGAACUCACCAGCUGCAAGUAUCGCGAUAUCAAUAAGAAUUUUUGGCAGGAAAGUGAUACAGACAAAAUAUUUUAUGGGCUGGAUGAUAUCAAGGAAACUGAUGAUAUUAUUAUUGUCGAAGGUGAAAUGGACAAGCUUGCAAUGGAAGAGGCUGGAUUUCGUAAUUGUGUUAGUGUACCUGAUGGUGCUCCUGGACAAGUUUCCCAAAAAGAAUUGCCAUCUAAAGAGCAGGACACAAAAUAUCAAUAUCUUUGGAAUUGCAAAGAGUAUUUGGAUAAGGCAUCUCGCAUAAUACUUGCCACGGAUGGGGAUCCACCUGGCCAAGCUUUAGCUGAAGAGAUUGCACGUCGCAUUGGGAGAGAAAGAUGCUGGCGAAUCAGAUGGCCAAAGAAAAGUAAAGAUACUCAUUUCAAAGAUGCUAAUGAGGUGCUCAUGUAUUUGGGUCCUACUGCGCUGAGGGAAGUGAUUGACAAUGCAGAGUUGUACCCUAUCAGUGGAUUGUUUAACUUCAUGGAAUAUUUUGAUGAAAUUGAUGCAUAUUAUCAUCGGACUCUUGGUCUUGAAUAUGGUGCCUCAACUGGGUGGAGUUCUCUAGAUGGGUUAUACAAUGUUAUGCCAGGAGAGCUGACUAUAGUAACUGGGGUUCCCAAUUCUGGUAAGAGUGAGUGGAUUGACGCUCUCUUGUGCAAUCUUAAUAGAAGUGUUGGUUGGAAAUUUGCACUUUGCUCUAUGGAGAACAGAGUUCGGGAGCAUGCUAGGAAACUUUUAGAGAAACGCAUAAAAAAGCCCUUUUUUGAUGCACGUUAUGCCUCUGAUAUUGAUGGACAAUUUGUUAAACGAAUGAAUGUUGAGGAGUUUGAGGAAGGGAAGCAGUGGUUAGCUGAUACAUUUUACCUCAUAAGAUGUGAGGAUGAUAAACUACCAAGUGUCGAUUGGGUUCUUAAACUUGCAAGAGCAGCGGUUCUAAGGCAUGGAGUGCGAGGACUUGUCAUUGAUCCGUACAAUGAGCUUGACCAUCAGCGUCCUAUUAGCAUGACUGAGACAGAGUAUGUAAGUCGGAUGCUUACGUUGAUUAAGCGGUUCGCUCAACAUCACUUAUGUCAUGUUUGGUUUGUAGCACAUCCCAGACAGUUGCAAAACUGGACUGGAUCUCCUCCUAAUCUAUAUGAUAUCAGUGGGAGUGCUCACUUCAUAAACAAGUGUGACAAUGGAAUUGUUGUUCAUCGUAACAGGGAUCCAGAGGCUGGAGCUAUAGAUCAAGUACAGAUUUGUGUGCGGAAGGUGAGAAAUAAGGUUGUUGGGACCAUAGGUGACGCCUUCUUGUCAUAUAAUAGGGUAACUGGGGAAUACUCAGAUAUUGCUACAUUUGGGAAGAUGGAACAGCCAUAAGGAUAGGCGAUUAGGUAAUCAUUGAGGAAAAUGCUUGUAUAUAUAUUAGGAGUCAUAGAUUAAAGAUGAUAUUAUUGAAAAAUCUGUGUUCAUCAUUUUUGUUAAUUUUGCUUUGUUAUUCUUUCAGAAAAAUCUUCCUACAUUAUGGUUGUACUUUAAAAGUGGUGUAAUUUUUGUAAACUAGUGCUCUGUAAUAUAUAACAUUUCAGCGCAUCAGGUAAAUGAGUAAUAGCUACCUGGUAAAUCUUUGUCAUUUGCA